CGUCUUCGUGUUGCGUUAAUUGUGCGUGUUAUUUUCGUAUUAAAGUAAAUCAAAAAACGCAAAUCAUCGAUAAAUUACUGACAGAAACUUCGAGGAAGGUAUCAAUUUUCGAGCAAAUGAACACAAUUUAUUAUUUGUGAUGUGCGACCGUUACUUCCAUUUUGCAAAGGAUCAAUCGGCGGUAAAUAAUGACAAUACACGCUCUUGAAUUAAAUUUCUCGCAAAUUAUCGCGAUAUUGAUCCUAUGGACGCGAUGUAUGCAGAUUUGCAGAGGAAUCGAGGCCGAAAUUGAUCUCGAUGUGGAAGGAAGCGGAUUUCAUAGAACAUUAAUUUAUCACGUAUAUUUCAAGGAUCUUAUCAAUGACGACUGUCACACUGCCAUUUACAUGGAAUUACCAUCAGCAUUGUAUGUCAAUGUCGAUGAAGUAGCAGAAUUGAGAAGAAGGGGCAUGAGUACAAUCUGUUCCGUAGGUGAGACUGAUGUUGAAUUAUUCGCUGAGAAGGCUGGUCAGCAAAACGUGACGACUUGUUCAUUCGUAAGUUCGUCAUCGUCCAAUUUAAUGAUUCCACUUCAUCAGCGUUAUCGAUACGCCCAUGAGUCCAAUGGCUAUGUCGACGCGAUUGUACCCGAGCCAAAGCUGCUUCUGGGAUGCCGGAAGAGGAUCAGAGAUCAUAGAGUGUCCAAGAUGGAUUUAUGUGAGCCAUGCGUCAAUCUGGCAAUUAAAUGGCGUGAAAUUCCGUAUCGUAUGUUAAAUGAUCGUACAUACGUGUGGUCGAUACCAGUCGGAGAUUCAUCUCUCUCGACGUUCGUCACUUAUGUCACAUUAUUGGCAACGAUUAUCGGCGCGAUAUUUAUCGUACGUGCCAUCCGGACCAAUGUAUCAAAGAAUCAUUCAAAGAAACAAGAGUGAGAUAAUUUGAGAUUUAAUAUAUAAAUAGUUUUGUAAUUCUAGAAAUUUUGUUACUAGUUGUUCGAGAUAAAUUAAAUAUCCAUCGUUUU